AGUGAUCGCUCGGACGCCACACGCGCUGCACGUCCCCUCUCGCCGCUCUGAAUGAACAAAAAAAAACACCCGACCCCGAGUGACCCCAAAAGUGCAUAUGAGCGGCCGACACGAACGAAACGACGUCGCGAACACAUUCCGCGAAUAACUCUUUAAUUAUUAUUAAUUUAAACUAACCGCUUCGCUAUAACAUAUGUGAGCUUAUUUAACUGUUUACAAUACGCAAAUUAACAUAAGGUGAAAUAUUACGGACUGUGAACUUGAAGUAAAGUUUUGAUUUAAAUAAAUGUUAACGAGCGUUCUGCGUUAGGCCCGAGGCGAUACCAGCGGUCAGUAUGUCUGAAGGAGACGUAUCCCUCAUUCGCGACGAGGACGUAUUACGUCGGAUGUGGCAGCAGACUGAGGACUUCUCCCGAAAAAAAGAGAUUCGUGCGCACAUGUACAGACUAAGGGAGGAACGCCUGCGCAACCUUUACUCGCCCGAACCCGGCGCGGAAUCUAAAGGUUGUGAGUUUUCAUCAACCCAGGGCCACGUGAAAUCAUUCGCUGACCAGAGCUUCCAAUCCAUGAAGAGCAAGGAGGUUCGAGAUGCGGGCUCUCCGCCCAAGGAGUUUACGUACCGCGGCCAAGAUCUCAAGGAGCUAUCCAACGCUGGAUGGAAUGUAGAAUCUGAGAACAAAACGACGGAUGAUGGGCACACGCACGUGAAAUCUGUUCAUGCCAACAUCGAGGGUCAUUACGACGUCGACGGAGGUCGUGGCCAGUUCGCAGCUGUUGACCACAACAAACAAGCUAUUACGGAAUACGAUGACGGUAACACCAGCCUGAAGCGUAAUGAGAACGUGUCUAAUACUGCAGCUCGCGAGCAAGUCGUGCGCAAAACGGACGAUGGUACACAAUUUUCAUCAACGACAAGUUCAUCGACGUCCACAUCCAAAUUUGAACAAAUAUCGUCAAACAAACAUGAAUCUGUGCCAUUUACUAAUGAUAACUAUGACCUAUCGCCUCAAAAAUAUAAUACUAACCGCAACGAAAACAGUUCGACUAGAUUAACAAAAUCAAACGAUUAUGAACAAAAUUUGAGAUCUGAUUUUGAUCACGGUGAGAUAAUAUCUAGAAAAAUUGACUAUCCGGAUGAGAAUACAAAAGUUAUUGUAGAGACUAGAUGUCUUCCCGAUGGUACAAGAGUGACUAGUACUCGUCGGGAGUUCCGUGCCCCAGCGGUACAGACAAGUCGUUCAGAGCAACACUCCCAUGAAACAAGGACUGAAAAUAAAUCAUCUUCGUAUGCGACCAUGGAGCAACGAUCACAUGUGAGUGAUUCUGCAUCUAAAACUUUGCGUGAAACCAUUGACAAUUCUAGACGUGAUAUUGUAGAUUCGCAAAAGAUUAUUGAUAGUAAUGAUUUUAAUAAAAAUCAGUAUUUCGAUUAUUCAAAUGACAAAAUUGUUCGUGACCAUGAUUCUGUGGACAAAAUUAAGGACCAAGAUUAUAAAACUAAUAUCAACGAAAAUACGAUGCGCGAUGUUUUCACAUCGAAUGUCGAUGAACAUACUAAACAUUUUGACACUAAUGAGACACAUGAUAGAAAUACGAAAAAUAUUGAGGAACGCAUUCAUAACAUAACCCGUGAAAAUAUCGUAACAGAAAGAAAAACUAGCUCUGAUCAAUAUGAGUCGACAUAUAAAUCUGAUUAUACUCAAAAGAAAAUAAGUCACGACUGGAGCCCAGCUCACCAAGCGUGGGCAAGUACUCUACGUUCCGAUACACCAACUAGACCAUCUACAAGAGCUUCUUCUCCUGGAAGCAAAACUUUUAAGUCAAGCACAUCUUCUUUAAGGAGUAGUGUUAGCCCUGAUAAAUCACACAGGAAACCUUCUAGUCGAGGAGGCAGCCCUAGUAAAGUGGACAGGUAUUCUCCAACUAGCACUGUUUCUGAAAAAAAUUCCAGUCAUUAUUCUUCCAAUACAAUUACCGAAAAGACAAACAGGGUUACGAGCCCAGAUAGGAAACUGCAAUAUAACUAUCGUCCAAGAUCAAGUGCAAGUCCAGAAAAACAACACUACCCUGCACAUGGACCAAAUUCAAGCCCGGACAGGAAGAAGUCUCCCCUCAACGACAAAACAACAUCUCCAAGGUCUAAUUUAAGCCCUGAAAGAAAAAUAAACACAACACAAUCACCCUUAACCCCUUCAGAUAGUCGCAGCCCAUCACCGAAGAGGCAAAUUCCUGAUUCAAGAAAAACUAAACCCCAUCAAGAUAGUGACUUACUAGUAAAACAUGAAGAAGUUGACAUUUUUUCAUAUUCUACGAUUAAAACUAGCUCUAUCGAUAAAGCUAAAAGAACUCUAAGUCCAAGUCCAGAUCGCAAAAAUAAGCAAAAGCCAUCUUCGCCAACAAAGAGUGUCUCUGAACCAAUACAGAAACAUUCCAAAGAGCUAUCACCAUCGAGAAAGAUACCUCAAGGAGAAAAAGAAGAAACUGAUAAUUUGCCUGGUUACAUGCGACCAACUGCUGCUAGUAAACCGAUAGCAAAUAGUCCUGACCGUAAAAACUAUGACACUUCCGUAAAUAGAGUCAAACAAGAACAUUACAAAUUUGUUGACGAGGAAACUAAAAUGUAUUCCCUAGCGGACAACGAACAUAAAAAACACACUUUCGAAGAACAAGUUAACAUAGAUUUAUCUCCUGAUGUAAAUAAUUCUGAACCUACUGAAGCCAAGGAACUAUCUAAAGACCGUUCACCAAGUCCCAAUAAAUACUUACAAAAAAAACCAUCUCUCACAAGAGAAAGUCCUGUUAAAGAUAUUCCCAAAGACAUUGACGUUUCUUCAAAAGAACAAACUCGUCGUACGAAUAAUUCAUCUACUAGAGAAAUGUCUUCAAAAGAUGAAACUGAGUAUAUAGACACAACUACGAGGAGUCCGAUUAAAUCUGGGGCAACCUUGACAGAUUUUCAAUCUCGAACACAAAGAAAUAAAUCACCGAGCCCUGAUAAAUCAAGAGAUAGCCCAAAUAAAGAUACACCAAUUGCUGAUUUCUGUGUUACCAACAAGCAACCAAACUAUGACAAGUCAAGAGAUGAAUAUCAUCCUGAUACUGAACAAAAAUUUGGCCCCUCUACAUUGACACAAACUUGUCAAAAUAAUAAAUCGAAAUCUCCAGACUCGAUUUACCCCAAAUCUGAUAAAACUUUCACAAGACGUAGUCCAUCGCCCACUAAACAUGAUUCAAAAUCUUAUAGUGACGCUAAAAUAAUAAAAACUAGCUCUGAUAAAUGUUUUGAUAUUGACGAAACUUCUACAAACAUUAAAACAACAAAAACUGAUAUCUGCGGAGAGGAUUCUACAAAACAAAAUGUAACGUUAAUUUUGGAUAAAGAUUCUCAGAGACCUAAUACACAAACAAGAGAACGUUCACCACCAAAAAAAUCGAUACAAGAAAAAUACCCAAGAGAACCUUCACCACCUAAAAAAAUUAUACAAGAAAAACACCCAAGCAGUGUAGAUAACUCUAAAAUAGAUCAUGUUAUUUUACAAACUCCAACAGAUAAAACACCUAGAGAUAGAACUUCCCCCGAUAAAUCUAAAUCUCCUGUACGAGAAAACAAAUAUCAACUUGCUUCUGAGUUUAUUAACAUUGAAAAGGCUACUGAAGAAAUUAAUAAAAAUACAACGAUAGAACGUCCAAGACAACUUAUAACACCUUCAACAAGUCCGACCAGAAAACCAAAAACUGUAGAAAAAGAAUCGUCUUCUUUACAAAGUUCACCAACAACAUCCGUGAGCGGCUUCGAAUAUUUUAGCUCUCACCAAACAGAUGAAAGUAUGGUUACAGAUUUAGAUGAACAAUUUUAUUCUGAAAAUACAACAGAAUUUAUCAAUAAUGAAAAAACAAAAGAUGUUAGGAAUCCAUUGUUAACGAAAAUUCCCUGCAGAUCACCAUCACCAGAAAAACGUUCAACAAAAGAUAGUCUUCCUAGAAAAAGCUCAUUGAAAAAACCAAGUAACCAGGUCUCACCGACAGAAAAACCUCCAUCCAAUUUCCUCGUUUCACCUAAUGUAGAAACUAAAGAAUUUAUUGACAGUAAUGUAAUAAAUAAAGAUUACUCUGGUAAAGAACAUGAUAAACCCGUUAAACCUAAGCCUCCAUUUGAAAGACGUGAAACAUACGAAGAAAGAUGUCGAAAAAUUUUAGGGAUGACUGAACAUGAUUCGAAUGAAACCAAUAUUCCACAAGAUUCGACAGAUUACCAACCAUCAGAAUCAAACAUUAGUUCACCGAGUGUAUCGCCAUGUCAUAGUUCUUCGCCGGAAAAUAAUUUUAUACACAAAGAUACUUUAAAAAACACUUCAGAAAAAAUAAAAGAGAAAAAAGUUUUGGUAAAUGAAAAUGAUAAUAAAUCAACUACCACUCAAAUAACUAUUUCAGAAACUCGUAAAAAAAAUAAAAUUCCAUCUAGAGAACCAUCUCCCUGCAAAAUUCAAAAUAUUAUUACCGAAGACAAGGGUACUAGUCAGUAUACAACAAAUGUAAAAAAAAUUGAAAAUGAAUCAAAGAGAACAACUUCUAGUUCAAAAAUUCAAAGUGAAGGUACAGACGAGCAAAUUUAUGACAUCAAACCUAAUCGUUUAAGUGUUAGUCCCGAAAAGAAAAUUGAACAACAAUAUUUACCAAAAAAACGCGUAAUUUGUCCAGACCAGAUGCCUGAAGAAGUUGACAGUAAAUUGAUUGAUAAUUUCCCUAAAAAAACAAUUGACGAUGCAGCUACUCUUACUAAAUCUACAAAGAAACCAAUGAAAGCGGUCAUAUCAUCCGAGUACGAAGAAAAUUAUACUACAGAGGGUAUUAUACAAGAUAAUGUUACAAACAUUAUUGAAGAUGUAACAGAUUACGUCAAACCGAGGUCUUCUAUAUCUCCUUCACGUAAGGCGGUUAAGAAAACUUCUUCCCCUACAAGAAAUACUGAUGAUAAGUCUUCAACAACCACAUCAAACACAACAUUUGACUACAGUACUGAAUUUAUAAUAUCUGAAAAAGAAAAAGAAGUUUUAGACAGGGUACAAAAAUCUUUGAGAAAACUUUCACCAGAACGUAUCGUAAAAUCUCCUGAUCGUGAAAAGAGUACUCCUAAAUCAACAACUUUAAGAGAUUUAAAAAUAAUUUCUAAAACCGAAAACAUUGAAGAUGUUUCAAUUAAAAAUAUUACACAAAUAAAUAAAUCACUGAAUGAAGAGGUUACAAUAACGGAGAAACAAAAAAUUGAAAAGCCCAAAGAUCAGAAAAUAUCGAGUAAACCUCCAUCGAGAAAUGUCUCGCCAACGAAAAAAGUUUCGAAUGUAUCUCCUACACCAGCAAGAAGUAUAUCACCUAAAAAACCAAUAUCACCGACUGAAAGACCACUAUCACCACAGGUACCCAGAGUAAGUGGCAUAAAACCGAGAGAACCAGUUUCCUCUCAUCUCAGAAAAUCUUCACCUUCUACAUCAUCACCAACAAAGACAGAUAAACCGUUUGUAUCAGAUGUUAAAAAAGUUGCAGCUAUUACAAAGCAAUUUAAUCAUACAAAAGCAGCUGUUAAUAUUAAACCGUCAAAUACUAAGAUAUCACCGGCAAAUGUACAGAAAACAGAACAAGAACCUAAAAAGACAUUUUUAAGCAAAGGCAAUAAGGAAAAUGUUAAGAAAGAUUUAGACUCAAAAGUAACACGAACCUCUAGUGACAUAGCAUUAAAAUCAAAAAAAGUUUUGCCACAGAAAAUUAGAUCCAAACCUGAAAUCCAAGUUAAUGAUUUUUCUACAAACAAAAAUUAUAAACAUACAAUCACUACAACUAAAUCACAAAAAACAACAACAAAACUACCCACAAGUAAACCAAAAUCAGCAACAUCCUUAAAUACCUCGAUUGAUGAUGAUGAUGAUGUAAUUAUAGAUGUUCAGCAAGCUAAAUCAUCUCGUGAAAAUUCUCCAGAUCGUAUAUGCCCGACGCCUGUAGGGUAUUCGGAUGACGUUGGUACUUCUAGGCUUCCUGAUGAAGUAAAAGAACCAGAUGAAGAAUAUCAAAAACGUGGAUAUCAUACGAUACAUGAAACUGAAUCUCUAGUAGAUGAUAUUGUGGAAAUAAGUGAAGAUGAAGAGCUGUUUGUUAAAAGAAGAGAAGAUGAAUUAAAAAAGACCGACGAUCAUCUUUUGAGUGUUAACAGCAAGGUAUCUAAAUUUUUGUCAAAAAUAGGCGACGUCGCUAAAACCAAAGAUACGACUACGAGAUUUAAAGAAACAGAAAGAAAAGUACACUCUGACUUUGAUGAAAAUUUAAAAUCAGAUGACUGCUUAUUAUCCGUAUCAGAGAAAGUUAAUAAGUUUGCUAAAGGGCCUCUUGAUAGAAAAGACAAGAGCCCCUCACGUAAUAUCGUAGAAGAAUUUGACAAACAUACAACAUAUCAGGACGAUUAUACUAAAUUAAGCGUAAAUGAUAAAGCUCAUUUAUUCAUUGAAACAGCUGAAAACGUUAAGUCUACUAAAACUAAACCAGCACAAAAAAUUGAGCGACCUGAUCUUCAUGAUGUUGAUGAUGCAUUGAAAACCGACGAUUGCUUACUCAGUGUAUCAGAUAAAGUUAAUAAGUUUGUAAAGACCGCUGAACAAUUUUUAAAUGAAACACUAGAAGUUGAAGAAAAAGAAAAAAAAAUUAAAGAACAGCAUGACAAAAUUAUGAGGAAAAUUGUGGAAAAUAUCGAUGAUAAUGUUUCUAAUGUAAAAAUUAACAGUGAAAAAGAAAAUAUCGAAGACGUAUCGAAAGUAAAAUCCGAUGUUGCUGACAACGUAAGACGAAGUUCUUUUGCUAAAGAAACCACGUCAUCACAUGCAAAAGUAAAAGAAUUCAUUAGCCCAAAUCUUAAAACAGCCGAAAAGCCUUCAAACGUAAAAGUAACGACUCUUCGUAGUAAUGAGGCCGUAAAGAAAGCUAAAGCUUUGUUUGAAAAUAUUGCCACAACUACUACUACUACCACGAAUCGAAAGACAAAAGAUAUUUCUCAAACGAAGUCUUCGAAAUUAACUGAAAAAAUUGUAACAAAGAAGUCUCCUAAAGUGGAUUCGACAAAAAGUCCACAAUAUUCUAUUAAUGAUGAAAACAAAAAUAACAAUGAAAAUGAAAACAAGCCAAAAUAUUUACCAGUUGAUACAACGCAAGAACCUUCGGAUGAAACCAUAAUAGAGUGUCGACCUCAAAAAAGUCCAACGCCAUUAAGACAACGUUCGCCUGAUAACAUAGCUAAAUCUCCUUCACGCAAAACCUCGGAUUUCAAUACACCUACGUCACAGAUCCAUUCUGUUACUGAUGUACUUAAAAGAGACAACUCUGGAUUAGAAAGACCUGAAAAAUCAAAAGAUAAAGUACCCGGCUAUCAACAGCCUACAAAAACCAGCCAAAUGAAAGAAGAAGUAAAAACGAUAGAUGAUAGUGAGAUAAGUAGUAGACGCGGAAGUGGGAAGUUUGGAGUUGAACUUCGGCGAACGAGUACCGAGAGAUCUACUGUCAGUACUGAACGUCGACGCAGUAGUAUUGAACACUAUCAGCCCUGCAUAGAAGAUAUCUUCGACUUGGACCUCUUAGAACAAAUGUUGGAGAAGGUCGUCGGUUAUGAGCAGAGACGUCGCAUUAGAGCCCAAAUACGAGUAGCUAAGAAGAAAGUAGAGAAAGGGCAAGUCGAUACAAAUACUGUCACAAAAACGAAGCAAACUGUUAGUAAAAUGACUAAGACUCAAUCACCUGAACGUCAAAAUAAAUCACCAGAACGUCAAGUCAAAUCUACAAUUCAAAAAGCAGCUUCUCCUGAACGACAACCCCAAAAGUAUUCGUCUCCAGUAAGGCAGCCUCAGAUAACUUCUUCCCCUGACCGUCAUAUACAGAAAUGUCGUUCUCCUGAACGUGAUCUAACAUCAACAACGCAUAUAACGUUGUUAUCAGAGCGAACGGAAUCAGAAGAAGUUAAACACUUGUUGAAUGGUAAUUCAAAAGAUACUAUUACCUUAUCAGAAAAACAAAUUAGAUCGAGAACUCCAGAUAAAUUACCUACAAAAGCACCACCCAAAUCUAAAAGUCCAAUUCGCAAACACAGCCCCGAUAAAAAAUCUAGACCUCUGUCACCAACUAAAACGCCUUCCACAAAACCAAAAUCAAAUCGUUUUAGCGAAUAUGCUACUGCGUAUAUGAAAAAAAUCGGAUUGAAAGAUUCGGACAAAACUAUCGAUGUUAAGCUAAAAAAAGUACCUAUUAAUGAAUUGAAAACAAAAACAAUAGAAACUCACCAUGCGAUUGAAUCUAAACAUUCAUUGACUUCUACUAAGACAUCUGAGCGCAUAUCGUCGAAAGAUACAGUAGAAGUUACUCAUAUUAAUGGGAAAAGGUCACCUUCACCACAAAAGUUCGAUAAAAGCCGUUCUCCACAAAGAAAGUUCUCUCCUGACCGUAAAGUUCACAGUCCUGAACGUUCUCAAAUUAGUCCAGAACGGUCACAUCGAAAUACAGAACACCUUCGGCACAGUCCCGAUCGUGCAAAGCAUAGUCCAGAACGUGCUAGGCUUAGUCCAGACCGUGCUAAGCAUAGUCCGGAACGUGCUAAGCAUAGCCCAGAACGUGCUCAGCAUAGUCCUGAACGUACUCCGCACAUUCUUGAAAAUACUCAGCAAACCCCUCGACGCAGAUAUGAUAGUCCAGAAAGAUCACCUAGUCCAGAGAUGGCUCGUCAAAAAUCUGACGUCAAUAAAAGCCAAAUUAGUAAGGAAACUAUUAUAAAAACAGUAUUUGAUAUUGAGAAGAAAAUUCCACAAAAACCCAAGCAAGAAGACAAACCUUCGUGGGUAACGAACAGAAAUUUAAAGAAAAUAACAUCGGAAAGUCGCACGUUUAGUACUAAAAAGAUAGAACCAGAGAAACCAAAAUACCGACAACUGAGUCCAUCUAAGGUUAUUUCAAAACCCAUUGAUGUUAUAACUUCUAGCUACGGUCCAGGGCCUCUCGAUACAGACGGUAAACCUCUGUUUGGUAUAAGAGCCUUGAGAAAGGGAUCUUCUAACUAUCAAGUGAAAGGUACUGUCAUUCGUCAAGAGUUCCAUUCGCGGAACGGAGGCGAACCUGAGGGCACGGUCUCCGUCACAGCGUACUCGACGGAACCAAAGGACUUGGAAAGAUUGCUCGAAGUUCAAGGAGAUAAGCCUUCGAGGCUUCAUGGCUUGGCCGCUAUUACUACAACAAAAAAGUUCGGCGGAGAUACCGGAACAACUUUUAGCGAGGUUCAUAACAAAGAAGAACGCGCAUCACUAGACCAGUUCACACAUAGCGAUCGCCGAGUCACUGAAAGCACAAUAACCAGCGGUAGUAGCAGCUUGGACAGAAAAGGACAGACAUAUGCACAGAAAGACAAAAUCGUAGAGAUCGAUAACGAAGAAAGAUUCGGACAUAAGGAGAGAUCGGAGCGAAUUAUAGACACGCAUGAAAAACGUGGAAUAAGUGGCGUUAAAUCAGAAACAACAGGAAGUGUCAAUAAACAAAAUAACACUAGAACGCAGAAAGACAAAGUCGAGAGGAGUGUAGAUAUGCAAAGAAGAGGGAAAGAGAUGUCAGAGAAAACAGAGAAACGCAUGGAAGAACGGAAGACAGUCAGACAGAAUUCCGUUAAAUCGCUCACAGAGAAAUACAUUAAGAGUGCAAGCGAGACUUCGAAAUCUGAACGGCACAUAUACCCGAGAGCGGGACUGAUCUUGCGCACCGCCUCUAUGAAGGACAGUGUCUCCAGCGAUUCGUCAGCUCACGCUGGUCUCACGCGUACGGACAGCGAACAGAGUCUAGGCUCUGAGGAUGAAAGGGUGACUACAACCACCACCGAAGAAGUCGGGGACGGCGUACGCACUACGACUACCACCACAACGCGAUCGGGUCACACUCGCGGUCAAGAGCGGUCUUUCCUCGACAGCACCACGAAGGUCACCGGGGUACAAGACAUACUGACUAGGAUGAAGAAUGCUGAUAUUGUGAUCGAGGAGGGUGACAGCAGCGCGGACACAGAAGCACGUGCUCUGCUGAAUAAGUUUCUAGGCGCCACCGUGCUCAUGGCUGGUAUGCAGAGCUAUGUCACAGAAAAGCCUUCUGGAAAGGUUUUGGUCAAACAAGAGACAGUGCAAAGCAGCGGCGGGAAGGUGAGCAGCAGCCGGCACGUGGAGGAGAUCGACAUCGAGCAGUGCUGGGACGAGCGCGUGUUGCGCAAGCUCUUGGACGAGUGCACAGACUACGAGCAACGUCGCCGACUGCGCGCUCGCAUCCGCACACUAAUGGCUGAACAAGAAGCAUGUGCGAGCGCUGUGACCGAGGCGUUAGCAGCUGCUGGAGAGACGGUAGAAACAGAGGAGCAGUCCGGAGAACGCGACGAAGAGGAAGUAACGACUGUAACAUCGAGCGUGAGGAGGAACUCGUCCGAAAAAACAGUUAGCAGUACCACCACUACUAAAACUUCGAAAGUGAUUGAGAGUAUGACUCGACCGGCGCCAAAACCCGUGUCGCCGUUCGCCAAGUUCCGUCAACUCGAAAAGCAAAAUUCUACUAACAGUCCCAACUCGCCCAAGAGCCCGCAGAGCCCGGGCUCUCCGUCGCAGCCUUACUUCAAGUUCACGGACCCCGCGCUGCAAGCCAGCGCCGUCACUAUUAAAGAGCGUUUGCUGCAUUGGUGUCGCGACAAGACCCGGGAAUACGAGAAUGUGAAGCUGGAGAACUUCUCGACGAGCUGGGCGGACGGGCUCGCGUUCUGCGCGCUGGUACACCACUUCCUGCCUGACGCGUUCGACUACUACGCACUCACGCCCGACAAGCGCCGACACAACUUUACGCUCGCCUUCAAAGUUGCUGAUGAGAAGGCGGGCAUCUACCCGCUCCUGGACGUGGACGACAUGGUCGCGAUGCGCAAGCCGGACUGGAAGUGCGUGUUCACGUACGUGCAGUCCAUCUACCGCCGGUUCAAGGACGAGCAGUGACGUCACGUCGCGUCCGUCGGUCUGAGCGACGCAGUAGUUGAACGUUUGAGUCACAAAUAUAUUAUCGUGGAAGAUUCGUGAGUCCAAAGAGCGUAUGUUGUUGAUAUUGUUUGUUCGUGUGUUAUGUUUGUCAGAUGUUUAUUCGCCAGUGUCCGCCCAACUCGCCGUUUCUCCGAGCGCCGUCUCGUAUAGAGUCCUCCUAUUUAUUGUAAUCUAAAGAUGUAUGUGAUUUUUUUAUAUUAGCUUUUAAGUCUGACUAACAGUUAUAUCUCGAGCGUUUAUUUAGGUCAUAGUCUCUCUGGUAUUGUCUCUAGCUCUUAUGAUACGACGCGCUGC